AUCCAUGUGCAUCUUGACGCAUAAGUACCAAAAACACAGCCCUGCACGGUCCAUCUUGGUGGGCAUCUUGUUCUUUCCCAGCAACAGAGAGAUCGGUUCAAAAAAUCGACGGAGCAGUAAGAAUGAUACGUGAUCGAGUGCUCGAACACGAUUUUGUCCAAAGCAACAAGAAGAGCACACGUCGGAAAGCCGAUGACACCGGCGCGUCUGGUUCCUCGGCCGUUUCGGCGGGCAGUGACAACUACGAUGUGUUCUUGAGCUUCAGCGGCAAGGAUACUCGCAAAACCUUCGCGGAUCACCUCUACAACAGCCUGGUCGGUGCUGGAAUCUGCGUGUUCAGAGACGACAAUGAGCUUCGCGAAGGUGAGAAGAUCGGCACCAACCUCCUCCGGGCCAUUAAGAACAGUAAGAUCUCGAUCCCGAUUCUCUCUCGGAACUACGCUUCGAGCAAAUGGUGCCUUGAGGAGCUCGUUGAGAUGACAGAGUGCAUGAAGAGCGCCGGGCAUGUUGUCUUGCCCAUAUUUUACCGGGUUGAACCGGCCCAUGUGCGGUACCAAAUAGGGAGCUUUGGAAAGACUUUCUCCCGUUUAAGUGGGAAGUAUGUAGAAGAAGAUGUUGCAAAAUGGAAACAAGCACUCCAAGAAGUGGCUUCCCUAAAGGGAUGGGACUCGGAGAGAACUGCUAACGGCCAUGAAGGCGAAUUAGUGAAAAUGGUCGUUAGAAAAGUUUUAAGCGAGUUAAAGAAGGCCUUCCAGCUGGUUGUUCCCGAACAACUCAUCGGAAUCGAUAAUGCUGUGGAGGACAUUUUGAGAUUGCUGGAUGAUAACCCUAGUGCUACCCAAAUUGUGGGUAUUCAUGGAAUGGGGGGCAUCGGUAAGACAACUUUAGCCAAGGUCGUCUACAAUAAGCUCUCCGACCAAUUUCGGUAUCGCAGUUUCAUUGCAAAUAUUCGAGAAUCCUCGCUGCACAAGGGCAUUUCAUGUUUGCAAAAUCAAUUGAUAUCUGAUAUACUAAAAAUAAACAAUCAAUUGUCUAAUAUGGAUGAAGGAAUCAGGAUCAUGGAAUCCAGAUUAAAAUGUAAGAAAGUCCUACUUCUUCUAGAUGAUGUGGAUCAUAAUGAUCAGCUCAAAGUUUUCGUCGGGGAACAUGACUGGUUUGAGAAGGGAAGUAAGAUAAUCAUUACCACAAGAAGUAGGUCUGUACUUGAUAAAGCUGGGGUGAAUUGCAAGUACGAACUCAAGGAAAUUGCUGAGGAUAAGUCCUUGAUCUUGUUUAGUAGACAUGCUUUUCUGAAGGACUCUCCUCCGCGCGAAUUUGAAUCUCUCUCUCGUGAUGCCGUUUCCACUACCGGUAGGCUUCCCUUAGCUCUCGAGGUUAUAGGUUCGUUUUUGUGUGGGCAUAACCGAGAAUUUUGGCAAGGCACAUUAAAGAAGUUAAAGGAAAAACCACAUUUGGAAGUGCAAGAGAAGCUGAGGAUAAGUUAUAACUCAUUAAACCGUGAGGAAAGGCAGAUAUUUUUGGACAUCGCUUGUUUCUUCAUUGGACUUCCUUUAGAAUUUGUAUCCCACAUGUGGGAUGCUUGUGAUUUUCCUUCGAGGAUGGUGAUUGAAAUAUUGAGUUUUAUGUCACUAAUAAAAGUUGGAGAUGAUGGAGAGUUGAUGAUGCAUGACCAACUGAGAGACCUUGGUAGGGAAAUUGUUCGUCAAGAAGAUUACGAUGUGCCUAUGAAUCGAAGUAGGUUGUGGGUCCAUGAGGAAGCCUUGGAAGUACUUCAGAAUACUAAGGGAAUUCAAAAAGAUCGCGUUCAGGCCCUUUGGCUCGACGAAGGCGACUCGCAGAGUGAAUUCACAACUGAGCAAUUUGAGACACUACCGAACUUAAGGCUCCUUGCAGUAAGUGAUGGAAAUCUGACUGGAGAUUCCAGAAACUUGCUUCCUAAAUUACGAUGUCUUAUCUGGAAUGGAUGUCCUGCAUCCGUGGCUACUAGUUUUCAUUUGGAGAAUCUAGUCAUACUUAUUAUAUCAGAUAGUGACAUUUCAGAGCUUUGGGAAGGUUGGAGUCAGGUGGCGAAGCAGUUGAAAGUUCUACUUCUUGCAAAUUGCAAUUGUUUAAAAGUUACUCCUGAUCUCUCAGCCUUCCGAAAUUUAGAGAAAUUAUUUUUCAACGAAUGUGUUCAUCUAGAGCAAAUUCACCCUUCUAUUGGAGAAGCCAAGGGCCUCACUAUGUUGAGCUUGGAAGGAUGUGAGAAACUCGAAGAGCUACCACAAGAAAUAGGAAACUUGGAAAAACUGAAGGCACUUUCCAUAAGCAACACUGCUAUAGAGGAAAUUCCUGCAUGUAUAGGUUCUUUGAAGAAGCUGGAGGAGCUUGAUGCCUCUGAUUGCCAAUUAUUGGCUGGAAUUCCCGACUCAAUUAGCCAUUUGGUAAAUUUGUCGUCCCUUGACUUGAGUGAUUGCAUUGACUUAUGUAUACUUCCAGAGAGCAUCGGAUCUCUCGUGAAGUUGGAGCGCUUGUCAUUAAGCAGAGUGCACGUUCCAGAAGAGUCUCAAUUUUGUCCUGCUCUCCAUCAUAUCCCCAACUCAAUCGGGAAGUUGGAAUUGUUGACCGAAUUGGACUUGUCAUGUUCAGGCAUUUGGGAGUUACCCGAAUCCAUCGGGGAUUUAAAAAACUUGAAAAUUUUGAAUAUUGCUCAUAAUGUGAAAUUGAGUAGUUUACCUAGUACUAUUAGCAAGUUGGGAAACCUUGAAGAAUUGGAUGCCAUGAAAUGCGAGAGUCUGGGAGGGGAAAUUCCUAUAGAUGGGUUGUUUUCACUGAAGAUCCUUCAAUUAAGUUCGACAUGCGUUUCUGGCUUCCCCGACGCAUUCGAUAAGCUUUCUCGUCUUGAGAAACUUGAUUUAUUUGACUGCAAGAUGCUUCAAUCGCUGCCACAAAGCAUCAGUAGGCUGCCUUCUCUGCAACACCUUGAGUUAAGCGGGUGUGACAAUCUUCAGUCGCUGCCAGAGCUUCCUGCUUGUUUAACAGUUUUGAAAGUCACCUGUCAGCAUCGCACGUUGCCUCAACUUUCUCAUCUAGUCCACCUAAAAGAGCUCAACGUUAUGGAUUGUCGAUUGCUAGAAUCCAUGCCGGAGCUUCCCUCAAAAUUAUUGGAGCUUUGGGUCCAUGAUUGUGAUGAGUUGAAAGAGUUACAGAGUUUGUCGAGUUUGGCAUUCUUGUCAAAAUUAGAUCUCAAUUCGUGCGGAGAGCUCACAGAAAUCAAGGGUCCGAAAGCAUUACAAUCCUUAGCAAAACUGACGGUAUCAAGAUGCGGGAAGUUGUCCAACCUUGACGGCCUUGAACAUCUAUCGAAAAACUUAGAAAAAUUGGAUAUCAACGGGUGCAGAUCCAUCGAAACGUUACCGGACCUCUCAUGCUUCGAUAACCUGGAAUAUCUGGACAUUAGAGGGUGCUCGAAGCUUCGUGAUGUUCAGGGACUGGAGAAAGUCUUAAAUGUGAUCAGAUGAGAGAUUCAACUCCGAGCCUCAGCAAAUUGUCCACAUCUGUCGUAUUAAGAAGAUUUAAUGAAAUGAUGCGGGUGAAUCUCGCAUGAAAUUGAGGAGAUCACAGAGCUCCAGGAAUCAAGGAAUCUAAACUCUAAAAGACGUUGAGCGAUUCAACUUAUCUGAAUUUCAUGCGUUCAUUGUUCUACAGCAGCAGAGAGAACCAAUCGGUUCAUGAAAAGAAUGCUCCGAAGAGUCGAGCACUUUGGCCGCAAUGUCCGGAACGAUUCACGUUGUGCUUUGAAAGGGUAUUGUUUUCCUUCUCUUACGUGAUUCAAGGAACGGGGAAGCUGAUGGAGGAGGAUGACAUGAUGCUUCGGAGAAAUCACUCUCUUGAUAAUGCCAACAGUCAUCAGAAUGCCUUCUAAGUACAUCAGAUGUCAUAGCCAUCAAAUACUUUUGAUUUCAUUUUAUCCGUGAGGAUGCUCAAAUGGAAGAACAGUUGCUUCAAAUAAGUGAAAUGUACUCUUCGGGAAACCCCCUAACUUCAGUUAUCUCAGUCCCUUUAGAAUUCAUUUUGAGAACGAGGACAGACAAAGACAAACAGCAGGAAGAAAAGAAAAGUUAAAGAAGAUAUGGGUGAUCAUGAAGUGAGGUGAAGGGAUCCGAGUUGAUACAUCCAUUGAACGAGGACAGAGAUUCAGGGCUUGUGGAGUUAUCUUCCGGCAAGCAAAGCAGCUUUCAUGACAAGAGAGAGGACGUCGACGACAUCCUCAACUAAGCAUUUGCUUCCUUCAGAAGUUCACCCUCCGGAGUUCUUGAAGUUGGCCAUGCAGCUCAGUAAGUUUUGGCUGCACGCUUCUGGCUCAAAAUAGUCAUCAGCACAACACCCGCCAGGUAUCAAUGUCACAACUCCGAAACAUCUAUGUGGGCGAUACAACCCGGUCUAUGAAUAAAAGAUCAAAUUAAACCAUCGACACAAUAUGAUUUCUUCAUCAUUGCCGUCGCUUAGCACAUUUGACAAGCCGAAAUAUUUGUGAUGUUAUUGUCCCAGAACGGUCAAUGAAUUGUAGGCAACAUGAGUGCAUUUGCUCCCCCACAAUCUCCGCCCCCGAAACCUCGGAACAGUAAUCAAAGUUGACCUGUGAAUGAAGAGAUGGUUUCGUGAAAUUGUGAAACAACAGAGCCUUUGCAGGCACAUGAAUUUUACUCACUGAUGUUUUCACCA